AUGCCGAGACGAAGGGAGCUGCAGGCCGAGGACCUGGCCAGCGCGCUGCGGCACCUCGACGAGGAGUUCGAGGCGGGCGAGAGGCUGGCCAACGAGCAGACGUGGCCGGUGCCGGUCUGCGUAGAGUGCGCGCGAUGGGCCGGGCGCGAGGGGGCGUCGCCGGCCAUGCACCUCCACGGGCGGCUCGGCUGCGAGCACGCGUACCCCGACGAGCUGAAGGACCUCACGCCGCUCGAGGAGAAGCUCAUCUCACUCAACUCGUGCUACGGCUUCGUGACGAAGUACAGCAUCCCGGGCGGUCAGAGGCAGAGCGUGAGGUACCCGAGGCACGUCAAGGGCCACAUUACCGUGUUCCCAAACGACGUGCAGGGCCUAGCCGCUAAGGUGCUGCCGCACCCGCUGCUCCGGGUCAUGGACGAGAUCCACGUCUCGUGGCAGGGUGCCGAGAGGCCCGGGCCGCGCGACCUAUCGGGCCUGCUGUCGGUAAGGCGGUCGGCGGUGGAGAGGGCGCUAGCCUGGCUCAAGGAGAACAAUCCGCUCUACGGCGAGGUCGAGAUCGACGCGGCGGAGAUGGCCAGCUGGGGGGCGCCGCCGCACGGGGUGCCGCCAGUGGUGUGCGAGCGGCUAGAGCGAAGCGAGCCGUCGGCGCGGGAGAGGACGCGGACGGCGCAGGUGGUGCCGCCGUCGGAGCGGGCCAUGGACGACGAGGGUGCGGUCGAGAUCGAGGAGGUCCUCGCGAUGCUGAGGCAGGGGCGGGACCCCACCGAGGGGAGCCGUGACGUCGGGCUCACGUGCGAGGACGACGACGGGGACGGCGCUAGGCCCGAAGAGGACGGGGACGUAAUCAACGAGGUGACGUCUUCCGGCAUGUUCCCGUUGGACGGGGCGCCAGAGGUGGCCGAUGCUGAGAAGAUUCGCUUCGCCCGCGGUGCCGUCGGGCCCGAGGAGCGCGCCGGCCCGAGGACGUGGGUAGGGACUGCGGCCCGAGAGGCGGAGGGCGAUGGCGGCGACGUCGAGCCGCACAUACAGGUGCGGCGCGGCGAGGAUUUCGCCGACUCGGCGGACGCCUCCUUCUUCGCAAAGGCCUUUCCGACCCUGUUCCUUUGGCUUAGGCGGGCCGAGGCUCGCCGACGAGGACGCCACUGGGAGAGCGCGGGCCCUAGCGUCGGGAACCAGGGCACGCAGGCGGAGCGGGUCGCGGAGGGCCUUAUGUCGACGCGGAACAUGAAGCUCCAAGCAUGGGCCGACGUCGUGCUGCGGCGCCACGGCGGCCGGUUCGCGACGCACCCUAUCUUCGCCUUCCUCGUCUUUAACAUGGGCGUACGGUCUAGGAACCGCCAGGCCAGCAUGCUAUGCGUCACGAGGAAGAACUUCGCAAGGGUCGAGGGCCUGUUAAAGUCGUUAACGGCGCAGAGGCUCGAGGCGGCGAGGGUCGAGCUCGAGGCCACGGGCAAGACUAGCGACGACGGGGUAAAGGAGCUCAUCCGGUCCCUCUCCGUGUUCGGCUACCGGCAGCCGAUGUCGAGGGAGAGCCGCCUUAGUAUGCGGAAGAAGAUACUAUCCCUCAUCAUAAGGCACGGGGUGCCGGCCAUCUGGUUCACGCUGAACCCGAACGACAUUACAAACCUGGUAAAGUUGCGGCUAGCGGCACACCGCGGCCGCGACCCGGACGAGGCCGAGGCCUUCCUACGAGACCUAGGGACCGCGUAUAAGCGGACCCAGCUGGCCAUAUCGGACCCGAUGAGCUCGGCCGUCUUCUUCCACCGGGAGAUGACGCUCUUCUUCGAGCACUACGUCAACGUCGGGGAGGAGUCGGUGUUCGGGCACGUCGGCGCGUACUACGGGGCGGUCGAGACCAACGAGCGAGGCGCUCUCCACAUCCACGGGCUCCUCUGGCUAAGGGGCAACGCGGGCCUUGGCGAGGCGCUCGCCGGCCCCGAUACGGAGAAGCAGGCGGCGUACCGGGAGCGCAUCGUCCGCUACGUAGAUAGCGUCUUCUCCGAGGAGCUAGACGCAGAAGGUUACUGCGCCGUGCAGGCGGAGCGGUCGGCCACGGCGGACAUAUCGUCGCGGCUCGACGACGUCGCGCGCUUCACGGACACCUUCGACGAGGAGGCCAACUUCUGCGCCGGCGCGACGCAGAUCCACACGCAUAGCGCGACCUGCGUAAAAUACUCGCUCGGCGCGAGGGCGCGGAAGGGGGACCUCUGCCGGUUCAAGGCGCCGUGGAGGCUGGUGGAGAGGACGGCGCUGACGGCGGACGGGGUGCUCGAGAUCCGGCGGACGCAUAGCAUGGUGAACCGGUGGAACCGGGCGAUGGCAGUAGAGGACCCCGUGUGGAAGCGUGUGGCCGCCGCGGCCGAGUUCCUUCCCGCGCUAGAGCCGACGGGAGAGGGCAACGGAAGUGGCGCCGACCGCGACGCCGGCCGAGGGGGCGGGGCCGAAGGGGUGGCGACGGCGGCGGACCCCAUAGGGGGGAACAAGACGAGAACGUUCCUGCUCAAGGCGGCGAACCGAGUAUUUACGGAGCGGCCGCUGUCGCAGGUCGAGGUGAUCGCGCACCUCCUAGGGUACCCGGCAGAAUUUAGCAGCGGCUCGGCGUGGGCGUACGUGAACGCGAACCAGCUCUACUGGGCCGUCUUCCGCCGGUGGCGGCACCUCCGACGGGCGAGCGGCGCGGAGGCGACGGGCGACGCGCCGGACGAGACGGUCGUCGUCGAGGAGGCCGGCGAAACGGCCGCGGCGCCGACGGUGGACGGGCUGGGGCGAGGUACCUUCGCGGAGAGCUGGGCGUCGGGGAAGGGCUGGGUGCAGGCGCUUAGGCGGCCGGGUAGCGGGGCGACCGUAUGCCUCGACGGAUACCUCAGCAAGGAGUUUAGCGAGGGAGACGACGAGUCGUGCCACCGAAGGGCGGCGGUACAGCACCUGGCCCUAUUCGUGCCGUGGGAGUCCUUCCUCGGCGAGGAGGCAGGCGACAUCAACGACAUCUGGGCGCGGGCGCGGGAGUCGCUGGCGCCGAGGGUCGCGCGGCUCGCAGACAACGUGCAGCUCCUCCGGCGGUCGGCGGAGGACGCGAAGCGCGACGCCAAGCAGUGGGCCGCCACGGCCGAGGAGGGCGGUAUGACGGCGCCGCAGGCCGGCGACGAAGGGAGGGGGGCGGCCGAGGGGGGCGAGGAGGCGUACCGCGCCGGCGGGGCGGGCGACGCGGCCCGGCUCAUCGACGUCGUCCGGAAUGCCGCCGGCGCGGGACAAGUCACGGCGCAGUCAACAGAGCUGCUAGCGAUGACGCAGCAGCUCUGCCGGUUCCAGCAGUCGGCGCUGGGGUCGGAGGCCGAGCUCGCGGCGACGGUAGUGGCGGAGGAGAGGGCAGGCAGGCGGGUGCGGGCCAUCAAGUCGCAGCAGAGGAGCGCGGCGCGGGAGCGGGAGCGAGCCAUCCAGGGCAUCCAGGGCGGCGGGGCGGCGGCGGGCGUCGGGGCCGACCGCGGCGCGGCUCUUCGCGGGGUGAUGGGGGGCUUCGGCGAGGACGACAUGGACGUAACGGCGGCCGACGGCGACGUAGACGCUGGCACGGCGGCGGUGAUGCGCGUGCGGCUCGGCCCGUCGAGCUCGUUCGUCGCCGCCGGCAGGGAGCUGGCGGGGCAGCUAACGCUCAACGAGAAGCAGGCCAUCGCUCUCCUAAUCGUAUGCCGGCAGCUCGACCGAAUCCGGCAGGGCGACGACGCAGGCGGCGAUGGCGGCGGCCAGCUCUGCCUGUUCAUCGGCGGCGAGGGCGGCACCGGCAAGUCGCGCGUCAUCGAGGCGCUCGUCGAGCUGCUCGCCCGGAGGGACCUAUCGAGCCGGCUGCUGGUGACGGCGACGUCGGGCACGGCGGCAGCACGGAUCAACGGCAUCACACUACACUCGGCCUGCGGCCUUACGGGCGAGCGCUUCGUCGACGGCCGGUCGCGGAUGGACUGGCAGGAGAAGGAGGUGCUGGUGAUCGACGAGGUCAGCAUGCUCGGGGCGCGGACGCUGCACGCCGCCAACGAGCAGCUGUGCAGGCUGCGGGGGUCGGCGCGAGACUUCGGCGGCAUCCCGGUGGUGAUCUUCUGCGGCGACUUCCACCAGUUCCGGCCGGUGCAGGAGCGGUCGAUCCUGCUGCCGAGCGCGGCGGUGGCGUGGGACGAGGACGGGGCGUUCGCGGCCGAGCAGCGGCGGCAGCACGACAAGGCGCACGCGCUGUGGCGGCGGUUCACGACGGUCGUCAUGCUGGACGAGCAGAUGCGGGCCGCCGGCGACCCGGAGCUGCGGCGACUGCUCGGGCGCAUCCGCCGGGGGGAGCAGGACCGGUCGGACCUAGAGCUGCUCAACUCGAGAGGCGGCGCUCGCGUUCCGGGCGCGGCGGCGGACGGCGGCGCGCAUAUUCCUGUCCGAGCACAAGGCGACGACAGCGCGACGCCGGUGCCGGCCGUCUUCGUUUUCGUGCCGGGCAUGCCGGUCGUCGUGAACCAGAACACGCACCAGGGGCUGAAGCUAGUGAACGGGGCCGGCUACACGGCGGUAGACGUCAUCCCCGACCGGGCCUUCCCCGGCCACCGGGUCUCGGCCGAGCUGACGAUGCACUUCGGGCCGCCGGCGGGCAUCGUGCUGGCUUCGGAGACGACGAGGGACUUCCACUUCGUCGGGAUGCCGGCCGGGACGAUCCUGCUGACGCCCAUCAGCGUCAAGAUCACGGCGCAGCGGAAGCGGCCGUGGCAGCGCAACGACGUCAGCCGGAGGGGCCUGCCGUGCGCGGCGGCCUUCGCCUGCACCGACUACAAGGUGCAGGGCGGGACGCUGGAGCGCGUGGCGCUGGAGCUGCGGGGGGCGAGGAUGACGACGGUCGAGGGGAGGGCGGUGCCGUCGCCGUGCGACCCGUACAGCCUGUACGUGCAGCUGUCGCGGUGCCCGACGCUCGACGGCAUCAUGCUCGUAUCGGAGGUGCGGGAGCGGGAUCUAGUCGGGAACCGGGUGCCCGAGGAGAUGACGGCAGCGCAGGCCCGGCUAGAGGAGCUUAGCAGGCAGACGACGCAGGAGGCGGCCGACUGGCUCCGCGGGUAA